AAAAAAUAAAAUAAAAACAACAGUAAAUACCUAUAAAGUCAAUAAAGUAUGCAUUUACUAUACAUGAAGGGAAUAUAUAUCCCCCAAACAAGAAUACAGAUAAAAGGAAGGAAGGAAGGGUACUCUUUGUAGUGUAAUAAUAAAAAUAAGGAGUAAAGAAGUAAUUGCAUAGGAUAAAGAUUACAAGUCUUUGCAGCAAUAAGAUAGAAACUGAAGUUUAAUUGUAUUUAUAUACAUGUGUAAUCCUCCUUAUUUCUUUGCGUUACUUUUUCCCUCUUUCUCACUUUCUCUCUCUUUCUCUCUAUCUUUUAUAUUAUUAUUCAUUAAAUGGAUGUUCAUAAACGACAUUCAAUAUUUGAACUCAUACAAGAACCACCACCAUCCUCGUUUUCAAUAUUUCAACCCAGCUUUCAUAUUAACAAUUCAUCUUUAGAACCAGAAACACUCGAAGAUUAUGAUUUUGAAUCAGCGCCCAUGACAUUCAACCUUCAUAAUGUCCAUAACGAAGACGAUGGACCCAUUCCAAAAUCUUCAGGUCUAACUUCACAUUCUAAUGUAACUAGUUUUGCGAGUACAGCACCUAUUCUUCAUCAACUCAAGUAUAACAAUGAAAAUUUAAAUACAGCAACUACGAAAGAAGACAGUAAUAGUCUCAAAACUAUAAAAGAUAAUGAGUCACAAGACACCUUAAGCACUAAAAAUGACAAUAGUAAAAAUAGUCUUGUUAUAGAACAACAAUCACAGCAGCAGCAACAGCAGCAACAGCAACAGCAGCAACAGCAACAACAUGGAGCAAUUUUUGUUAAUCAUCUUCCAUCAAACCAUCGAGAAAAACCUUACCGCAAUUAUCAGUUAUUUCAGGGACAAUCCAGAUUUUUUUUAGGCGGUCGAUUAGUAACCAGUAGAGACUAUCGAGCAUUUAUCGUAGCAUUAUUAAUGCUUAAUACACCUGCCAUUUUAUUUAUGAUAUUCACUUGCCCAUAUUUAUGGAAGCAUGUUCAUCCAGUUGUACCUAUUCUAUUUGGCUAUUUCUUUAUUCUUGCUAUAGUAUCUAUGCUAAAAACUUCUUGGACAGAUCCAGGUAUUAUUCCUCGUAAUUUGCACCCAAUAAUAGAAGAGAAGGCAACAGCUAAUAAUAGUUCAUUUUCCAUUCAAUCAGUGCCACUUAAAGUCGUUUGGAUAAAGAAUACAAGUUAUUCAUUAACGUAUUGUGAUACUUGUAGAAUAUAUCGCCCUCCUCGAGCAAGUCAUUGUAAACAAUGUGAUAAUUGUGUUGAGUUUGAGGAUCAUCAUUGUGCUUGGUUAAAUAAUUGUAUUGGUAAAAGAAAUUAUAGAUCUUUUUUCACAUUUAUUACUGUAUCUGCUUUAUUGUGUAUUUUUGUUGUUUCUUCUGUUAUUUAUCAACUCAUCUUCAUUGCGAGAAACAUAAAAGAAGGACAACUAAGUAGCUUUGGACCUGUAUUUUCUAGAGCACCUGUUAGUUUUAUACUUGCUAUUUAUUGCUUUAUUUUAUUAUGGUUAGUAGGAGGGCUUAGCGUAUAUCAUUGUUCAUUAGUUUUUCGUGGAAUAUCAACACAUGAGCAGAUUCGAGCUGAUAUUAUGAAGGCAAAGUAUCCGGAAUUAAGUGUAAAUCCUUAUAGUAAAAAUAAUCCGCUAAAAAAUAUGAUCCAUAUCUUAUGUCAACCUCAGCCAAAAAGCUAUUUGCGCAGACGCAAAAAUGCUGAUCCCAUUGCAGCAGCGGCUACUUGAGUUACUAUUUUCUUUAUAUAUAAAUAUAUACCUUCUCUUCUUUAACUUAUAUCCUUUCCCCACACAUACACAUGCACAAUAACCCAUUUUAUUUUAUCAAGCUAUCAUUUUUAUAUAUAUUUAUUAUUGUAAUUUAUUACUACUAGACAUAGUUGCAUGUAUUAGUUAUCCUAAUUUUAUUAAUCUUUCUGUAUGACAAUUAAUAAAAACAAAAAAAAGCAUCAACGACUCUUUCUUUUUAGACAUAUA